CCCAGAUCAGACGCUUCCUGUGUGCGGGGGGGAGGGAGAAGGGUACAAGAUCAUCACCCCAGGAGAACGCACCGCGCCGGGAGCAGAGACAUCUGUGCCCCAGAUCCUACAGAAUUGAAGGCAACCAAGUUGUGUCUCCAAGAAUUAAGAAAAUAUGAAGGAGAAAUUGAACAGAUUCAGCCUUUACCUCCUGUUUUUUCUGACAGGCCUCACCCUGGUUUCCAAUGAAAAAAUAAUAGCUGAGGUUGGGAAGAAAAUCUCUCUGCCCUGCGCAGUCUCAAAAAAUGGUGACAUUACAUGGAACAAAGAUGGAGCCCUGUUUGCGAAAAAAGGCAGAAUGGGACUUGCAUACGGCAAAGUUUCAGGCAGUGAGCGAUUCAGUAUCGCAUCCGGUGCCACAAAUAACUUGGAAACCGCUAACGUGCAGCUCUCAGACUCCGGCACUUUCACGUGUGCAAUGGUCGGUGCAGUCGUAAAAACUGUGGAGCUCGUCGUCUUUGAAGUCUCGGCAGAACCCUCCGGUACCCUCAUCACGUCCGAAAACCUGAAACUGAGCGUCAAGUCCUCUCCUGUAGUGAAGUCUGAAGUAUGUUGGUUGAAAGAUGGAGUAAAGAUUACAGAUGGAGUCGACCUGGAGGUGAAGAACAUAACGAUAGAACAAAGCGGGGAUUACGUCUGCCACAUAAAGAUGAAAGAUGGGGUCGAAGCGCAUUUUUCGAAAAGUAUCAGUGUGAAAGGUUUUAAAUCGUCUCCAGCCAUUGUCUACAUGUCUCGGAAGAAGUCCGUAACCCUUCCCUUUAUGUUUAAUUUCAACGUUAAGGAGUCUCCCCUGCAGGACGACAUUGGGGCGGUAGAAGGGGACCUCAAGUAUUUAUCAAAUCCUCCCAAAACUGUACAGAGUCUCGUGGUCACUUCAGGAGCCGCCUGCUGGUCCCUGAAAUGUCAACCAAAGAUGGACCCUCAGGACUUAAACCUUUCCAUCACCAGUCCUAGAAGUGGUCUCUAUCAGAUGGAGAUUCUUCUGCAGAUCGGCGGCAGAAAGAAGAGGCUACACAAGGACGUGUGUGUGGCCAAUCUCACAGUGUCCACGUCCCACAAUAACAUUGUCACAGAGGGCAACGUCACACUCCUGUGCGGGAUCAACUGCAUCGAUAAAGAUGGGAGGCUUUGCUGGCGUCACACGAACAGGAGCUACGACAUCUGCGGACCACCGGGGAAAGACAAUCUGGCCAAAGAAAUCACUGUCCUGCAGGAAACGAGCGGAAACUGGACCUGUGGGGUGUUUACUGGAGAAAAUAGGCUUACUAGCGCCAACCUGACACUGGAGAUACCUCUUGGCUUCCUGGACCUGUCAAACGCCCUCUUCUGGGUGACCGUUGUGGCCGGCGUGAUUGUGUUCCUAAUAAUUGUGACCGUCCUGACAGUUAUCAUCGCCCGGCACCGGAGAGUGAGACGAGCACGGUACAGGGCAUGGUUACUUGAAAACUUGCACCACCACAGAAGAUGUGAAUGUGACUAUAAAGGGUUUGCUCCUCAGCGGCUCAGACAGAACAUAUGAUCAGACCUGCAGGACAUUACAUGGACUUCUGCUGUACAUUGCUGUGUUUUCCAUUCAUCUGCUGUCCUUUGGGUUGGAUACAUCCAUGGAGGUUGCACAAUUUUGGCUGGAAAUAUUUGCUACUACCACCGUGUGGAAUACCUGCCUGCGUUCUCGCGGUUCUCAUCCUCUUGUGUAUAGUUUUUAAUGUCUUAUAUUUAAAUACAGAAAUCUUACUUCAUGGUGACUCAGAAUUCACUUUCUUUGAAGUCUUUAUGGUAAAUGGAUAUGAGAUAUUAGGGUCCGUCUGGGGUUUUUUGGGCCCACCAGAGAAGAUGACACUGGGUCUAGUAAGCUUAGUUGUGAUCAUUGCACACACAGGACAAAUCAUCUAUAAUGUCUAACUCUAUGGGCAGAGUCGUGGUCCACUGAAGGGUCUUCUGGUACUCUGGUGGGUCAGUGUAACUCUGCAGUCCUGUGCAAAACCACAAAUAAUUCAUCAUAAUGAGCUGUGACUAUAAAGCAUAAAAGUUACCACAUUUAAAGUAGAACUCCCACAAAAAUGUUUAUUCUCUGUCCUGUUAGAAAGGUGCAUGAUGUAAACUGUAGUGAAGGUAAUCUUCUUACCAGUGACUAUUUG